GGAGGCAGCUUCCAUGGAGCGAAAGAAAUGCCAGGACCCUGCCCAGACAGAAGCGGGCCAGCCUCAGCACCGACAGCCAGCACGCAGAUAGCAGAGCCGUCCCCGGGACAUGGAAGCUGAGGCUGAGAGGGAAGAAGCAAUUUACCCAAACUCAUCAGGAAAGAAGGUUGAACCAUGAUUCCAGUGACAGAGCUCCGCUACUUUGCGGACACACAGCCAGCGUACCGGAUCCUGAAGCCGUGGUGGGACGUGUUCACCGACUACAUCUCCAUCGUCAUGCUGAUGAUCGCAGUCUUUGGGGGCACACUGCAGGUCACCCAGGACAAGAUGAUCUGCCUGCCUUGUAAGUGGGUCACCAAGGACUCCUGCAACGACUCUUUCCGGAGCUGGGCAGAGCCCAUCUACUCCAACUCCACUAUCCUGCCGAUCGCUGACACCGGCCCCACGGGCAUCAAGUACGACCUGGAUCGGCACCAGUACAACUACGUGGACGCUGUGUGCUAUGAGAACCGCCUGCACUGGUUCGCCAAGUACUUCCCCUACCUGGUGCUUCUGCACACGCUCAUCUUCCUGGCCUGCAGCAACUUCUGGUUCAAGUUCCCGCGCACCAGCUCGAAGCUGGAGCACUUUGUGUCUAUCCUGCUCAAGUGCUUUGACUCGCCUUGGACCACGCGGGCCCUGUCGGAGACGGUGGUAGAGGAGAGCGACCCCAAGCCGACCUUUAGCAAGAUGAACGGCUCUAUGGACAAGAAGUCCUCGACGGUCAGCGAGGACGUGGAGGCCACGGUGCCCAUGCUGCAGCGGACCAAGUCCCGGAUCGAGCAGGGCAUCGUGGACCGCUCGGAGACAGGCGUGCUGGACAAGAAGGAGGGGGAGCAGGCCAAGGCGCUGUUCGAGAAGGUGAAGAAGUUCCGGACCCACGUGGAGGAGGGGGACAUCGUGUACCGCCUCUACAUGCGGCAGACCAUCAUCAAGGUGAUCAAGUUCAUCCUCAUCAUCUGCUACACCGUCUACUACGUGCACAACAUCAAGUUCGACGUGGACUGCACCGUGGACAUCGAGAGCCUGACAGGCUACCGCACCUACCGGUGUGCCCACCCCCUGGCCACGCUCUUCAAGAUCCUGGCGUCCUUCUACAUCAGCCUGGUCAUCUUCUACGGCCUCAUCUGCAUGUACACGCUGUGGUGGAUGCUGCGCCGCUCCCUCAAGAAGUACUCCUUCGAGUCGAUCCGCGAAGAGAGCAGCUACAGCGACAUCCCCGACGUCAAGAAUGACUUCGCCUUCAUGCUCCACCUCAUCGACCAGUACGACCCGCUCUACUCCAAGCGCUUCGCCGUCUUCCUGUCAGAGGUGAGCGAGAACAAGCUGCGGCAGCUGAACCUCAACAACGAGUGGACGCUGGACAAGCUGCGGCAGCGGCUCACCAAGAACGCGCAGGACAAGCUGGAGUUGCACCUGUUCAUGCUCAGCGGCAUCCCCGACACCGUGUUUGACCUGGUGGAGCUGGAGGUGCUGAAGCUGGAGCUGAUCCCGGACGUGACCAUCCCUCCCAGCAUCGCCCAGCUCACGGGCCUCAAGGAGCUGUGGCUGUACCACACGGCGGCCAAGAUCGAGGCGCCGGCCCUGGCCUUCCUGCGCGAGAACCUGCGGGCGCUGCACAUCAAGUUCACGGACAUUAAGGAGAUCCCGCUGUGGAUCUACAGCCUGAAGACGCUGGAGGAGCUGCACCUGACGGGCAACCUGAGCGCGGAGAACAACCGCUACAUCGUCAUCGACGGGCUGCGCGAGCUCAAGCGCCUCAAGGUGCUGCGGCUGAAGAGCAACCUGAGCAAGCUGCCGCAGGUGGUCACGGACGUGGGCGUGCACCUGCAGAAGCUGUCCAUCAACAACGAGGGCACCAAGCUCAUCGUCCUCAACAGCCUCAAGAAGAUGGUAAACCUGACGGAGCUGGAGCUGAUCCGCUGUGACCUGGAGCGCAUCCCCCACUCCAUCUUCAGCCUCCACAACCUGCAGGAGAUCGACCUCAAGGACAACAACCUCAAGACCAUCGAGGAGAUCAUCAGCUUCCAGCACCUGCACCGCCUCACCUGCCUUAAGCUCUGGUACAACCACAUCGCCUACAUCCCCAUCCAGAUCGGCAACCUCACCAACCUCGAGCGCCUCUACCUGAACCGCAACAAGAUCGAGAAGAUCCCCCCCCAGCUCUUCUACUGCCGCAAGCUGCGCUACCUGGACCUCAGCCACAACAACCUGACCUUCCUCCCCGCCGACAUUGGCCUCCUGCAGAACCUCCAGAACCUGGCCAUCACAGCCAACCGGAUCGAGGCACUGCCCCCGGAGCUCUUCCAGUGCCGGAAGCUGCGGGCCCUGCACCUGGGCAACAACGUGCUGCAGUCGCUGCCCUCGCGGGUGGGCGAACUGACCAACCUGACCCAGAUUGAGCUGCGGGGCAACCGGCUGGAGUGCCUGCCCGUGGAGCUGGGCGAGUGCCCGCUGCUCAAGCGCAGCGGCCUGGUGGUGGAGGAGGACCUGUUCAACACGUUGCCACCCGAGGUGAAGGAGCGGCUGUGGAGGGCCGACAAGGAGCAGGCCUGAACCGUGGCGGACCACCGAGCACAGGGCUGGCCCGCAGUGGCCAGCAGUGGGACCACCGGCACUUCCUCCAGCCCAGGAACCCAGAAACCCUGGGACAAACCGGCCCGGCCUCUCGGCCAGGCAGGAGCCUGGGGUUGGCCAUGAGCUGGGCCAGGGUGAUGGGCAGUACCUGAGGGGCUGGCCCCUUUUCUCCCUUUGAGACUGUGCCCCACAGGCGCCUGCUGGGGAGAUAGACACCUGUCAUCUUUCUCAGAGCUCAGUGUUCGGACAAUCAGGCCUCCGCCCUGGAGGCCAUCUCUGCCCCAGAGGCUGAGCCCAUGCCAGAGGCCCAGGACAUCAACUUAGCUCUUGGUAUUUAUUUUUUCCCGCCUCCCGCUCCCUCCCUCCAGAUAACUUACACAUUCCCAGGAAAACAGCUCACAGGGGGUGUGAGGAAGAGUGGGCUGUUUUGCUUUUCCUUUGUGGCGCCGCCGCCAGCAUUUAGUGCCCACCCAGACUUGAGCAGAGUGGCCAGGGUGAGCCAGCUGUGGACGGUCACCCCGUGGUGCCAUGCUGGGCUCUGGCGGCCCAGCCCGUGGAGAGCAGGCCACCAGGUGGGCAGGCCAGGCCUGGGGCUUGCCUCACCUGCUUUGGAUUUUUUUUUUUUUAAGUAAAACAUUUUUUAAGCUUUGAAAAUUGAGGGUUUGGGUAUUAAAAAGAAAAAACUUAAAAAAAAAAAAAAGACACUAAAGGCCAGUGAGUUGGAGUCUCAGGGUGGGCGCAGCUUCCCGGCAGGACUGAGUGUUUCCUCCCCCCGGGGUGUCUUCCGAAUCUGGUGACCUUGGUCCAGAGUUCUCUUUGUUCCUCUCCUCCCCUGGGGGCGGGCGGGGGGGCUUUUCUGUUUUGUUUUUGGUGUCUUGUUUUCCUUCUCCCCCAUGUGUCUUGGCAGGCGCUCACUUCUGUGGCCGUUGGCCAGAGGGAAUGUUCUGGAGCUGCCAAGAUGGGAGGAGACUCGGGUUGGCUAAUCCCGGACGACGGUGCUCCAUCCUCCCUGUCCCUCGUCACAGUGUUAAGGAGCCAAGAGGAGCUACCUCGCCCGGACCCUGCUUCCCACCUCAUGUGUCAUGAGUGUGCCCAGUGCCACCACUCGCCCCAGCUGCUUCCGUCAGCACAGACUGUGGGAGGAGGCGGGGCUGCGGGUGGGGGGGUCGCCCCUGGAAGAGCAGGCUCCCCAGGUUUGGGUUCCAGUUUCUGUCCCAGGCGCCUGCACACGUGGCCCACUCGGUGCCUGGUGGUGAGAAGCCACCUCACUUUAGAUCAGUCAGCGGGGUCCCCGCCUUGGAGCAAUCACUUGGACACUAAGGCACGUUUUAGCGUCUCUUGUCUUAACGAUCACGUCUCUGUCCAUUUGUGUGUUCUGCGUCGCGUCAUUGAAUGUUACCCUUGGCAUAACGCACACUAGCCUCCGACAACCACGAAGCAGUCCGUUACAUGUGGGUCUGAACUUGUAGACUCGUUCAAAUAUCAAAUAAAUCUGUAACAGCAA